UGUGGGGGCGGCCGGGAGCGGGCGCGGCGCGGUCAUGUCGGCAGCGCUGCUGCGCCGCGGCCUGGAGCUGCUGGAGCCGCCGGCUCGGGCAAAGGCGCCGCCGGGACUCCAGCGAGGCCGGGCCGGCCCCAGGGCGGCGGGCGCGGCGAGGCGGAGGAAGAGGGCACCGGAGCCUGGCAGGAACAAGGCCACGGUUAAGGGCAGAGUCGUGAAGUCGGCGAUAGAGGAGUACCAUAAGAAGAAGCCUGUGAAUCACUUGAGAGAAAACCUGCAGUACAUGUUGAAGGGACGGGUUGUUGCAGACAAAACCGUCACAGAACAAGUUCUUGCUCAGAACAGAGGUAGGAAGUCCAAGGAUCAGCCUCCAGAGAAGACAGAAAAGAAGAAGCCCGAAGGCACUGUGUUUACCGAGGAAGAUUUCCGUAAAUUUGAGAGGGAAUACUUUGGGAUACCAUAAACAUCCUGACGGGGGUUCUUGCAGCUCCAGCCUUUUUGCAGCUUCUCCAGCCUGGCACGCAGGCCUGGGCAUUUCCUCAGUGUGUUUGAGAUGGCACAUGGGGAUGUGCCUCUGCCAGCAAGUACCUCCGUGUCGGACUUGCAGAGCAGCUCUGGUCUGGGCAGAGCUUGUUGCUGGGCAGCUAAAGCCACAGAGGCGCUCUUGGCUCUGAGCUGUGUUGUCCUUAUAAUCAUCUUCCUGCAGCCAGCAUGUCUUGCAUUCUUGAUGUAGAAGGGUGGACUAAGCCAAAUAAAAAUCUUUUUCCCCUUCCUCAGGAUAUAAGGCUCCCGCUACCUGUGUUAUUUGGCAGGGAGCAUUGAAAGUACUGUAUCUGAAUGGAGAAAUGUUUUGGACCAGCAUUAGUAAAUCUCUGGAAGGGAAGGAUGCUUUGAAAGACUGUUAAACUUGAGUAACCCUGCAGUUUGGGUUCUUAUUACAGCCCCUGUCAGGUCUGUCAGUCACUGCAAAAACUUUUUAUAUGUCAUUUGAUUAAAUAAUUGUUGCAGAUGCUGUC